ACAAACUUCUUUCUCGGUUCCCACUCAGUUCGCCUUCAGCACUCAACGUGAUCGGUUUACUUGAGUUUUUAUCAGUCUAAUCGUUUUUUUACUAAUCAUUCUCUUCUUCAGUGUUGUAGUACGUAAUUAUUCGUAGACGAACAGUGAUAUAAUCCAGUUGAGUGUUCAAAGGUUAGUUGGUAAAGCUUAUCCUGGUAUCGAUCAACAAAUGAUCGAUUGAAGCGAUUCACGUGUAAAAUAUGACCGGAACGCAACCGAGAACGUAAUUAACGCAAAAAUACACACAAAAUGUGCUUAGAUUGAAACAAAAGAGCUCCCGAUGAAGUAACAAGACUUCGAUUGAUAACGAGCUGCCUCUGUGUGCUUAGGCAUUGUGUGAGGCGAUUGCUAGUACGAGUUGAGGCGUAAGUGGUUUCGGGUCGUUUGGCUGCAACGGGGCCAAUAGUCAUACAAGAGUAUUAAUUACGGAAAAGUUCAACUAAGAUCACGAUGAAGCGGAUACAGAAACAGAUCAGCGCGGGACUGCUGCUUGUAACGUUUAUAUUAGCACCUUCCAUCCAUGGCGACGAGCUUCCGAAAGAAAUCAAAGACCUGGAUAUCGACAAAUUGCGAGAGCAACUGCCCGAAGGGCUUAUCCCACCAGAGCUCCUGAACGUCACCCUGCCCAGCCUGGAGGACAUCCAACGCAUCGUAAAGGACAAAUGCUCACGCGUGGCCGGCAGUGAUGCCGCGUACCAGCAAGCCGAACAGUCCGGCCAAAAGCUGAACGAGUGUCUUCAGGGAUUGCUCGAUUUCAGCGACUUGCAGAAAGAAAUCAAGCAAGCCAAACCCACCGGCGAUCUGGAUACCGUGUUCAAUAAAUAUUGUCGGAGGCGAUCCACCGCCAUUGAAUGCAUCAACACGUUCUCUAACGACGUCGAUGUCUGUCUGGAAGAGGAAGAACGGGAAAGCAAAAAGGUCCUGGUCAACAUAGUGCAAGGACUGCUAAAUUUCGUUUGCCACAAAGAUGGUGAUCAAAUUGCAUUGUUCAUCGCUGAAGAAGGUCCAGAGUGUUUCGAGGAACAGAAGCAGCCAAUGAUCGACUGCUUCAAUUCAACUCUGCGAGGCUAUCUGGACGAGCCGACUCCACAGGCUUCGGAAGGAAUCCCAAAGCUAGUCAUGGGAAAGAAGCAAUGCGACGACAUGGAUAAGCUAAGGGACUGCUUUGUUCGAGUACUGGAAGACUGCAAACAAUCGACUCCGGCAAACCUAGUGGAGUCGUUGUUCAAAUUUGUUCGACGCGAAACUCCGUGUGCAAACUUCACCACUCCGCAAACAUCACGUCAUAAUAAUACCGGAGACAUCAGUCGAGCGUCCAUCCAUGUGAUCCUAGCGACGUGGUUGCUGGCGUUGUUAGCUAAAUUUGUCGUCCAGUAGUUCCUGGAGGUUAAGGGACCAUUUUCAUCGAACAGGAUGCUUUGUACAUAGAAAUCGAUGAGCUUCAUUUGGAUUCGAAGCUGGAAUAUAAGAAAACGGUGUGUGGAAACCUGAUUGCCAAAUUUUGUGCAUGGUGGAUAACUAUGGAUAACUUUAAAAUCGUCAAACCAAACCAAGUGUAAUUUACUUUACCGUAAAAAUAAACAUGACUGCGUGGCUGUGUAGUUCCUUUAAA